GGUGACUGCCAACGUGAGAGUGUGAGUGUGAGCGGACCAGGUUGCAGAGUUCGUGGAAUCUGAUGGAGUAACGCGCAUCAUCACCAUCGCUCAACGGAACUAAAUGCUCUACUGCUUGCUGGUGAUGGACAUCAUCCUCCUGCUCCCGUCUUGAUGUGAGUGAAAACUUGCCAUGAUGUAAAAAGUGGAGUUACUGUUGGACUGCUCAUCGGACGCGACAGCAGGAGCCGCUGGCGUUGGCUCCGCUGCUGGGCGUGAAGCACUGGCAUGAAUAUGGCUGUACAUGCAGUGAGCUCGUCAGCUGGGUUCAUGUCGGAGUGGUGGCGUUUUGUCCGUCGGGGUGUGUGAACGCUAGCUAGUUGUGGACGUUUUGCUGGUAUGAAUAUGGGUGUGGUUGUGCUGAUGGUUUGCUUCCAAGCCGUGCGGUGGGUUGGGACGUCUUAGAUGGUGUUGUACAGUGGCAGUGUUCACGUCCUCCCUCUCGAGAUAAUUGUGGAUUGGAACGUCAGUCUCAAGUCCAGCUGCGGCAUCUAAGUGCGAGCCCGGAGCGGCUGCUCGGGGAUUCGCUGGACGGGGUAGCGGGCCUGGUCUGCGAAGCUUUUCUAUAUAUAUAUAUAUAUAUAUAUAUAUAUUUUUCUCACCCGGACCCGUAGACAAGUGCCUGACUUGGAAUUAGCUCACAGAUUAGUGUGAGUGGCAGUACCUCGAAGUCACUGAGUUCAGCUCACCACCCCUGUAGACGAUGCUUCACUUCCGCAACUCUGGUGAGCUGUCCAAUUCACCGGGUCACUAUCUGGAGCUUGUUCUAUGCCUGCUGUGCAACACUUCACUAGCUUCCAUAGGGCAUGUUGAGCUAGCGGAACGAGCCGGUCGAAACUGAGCUGGAAGGCGGCGGCCUCAGUGGACUAAGCUCUGGUAUUCUGCCAUCUGGUGCCGACAUGUCGUACCCGGGGACACUGUAGCUGCAUCGUACCCUCUGCCUGGAGGAUUACAAUGUCCUGGAUUCUACUGGCAUGGUGAGUCUAACUUCUAAGUACAUUGAACUAGCAUACCAGCAAACGGCCUCGAGUUGUACUCAUGUUGGGCUCGAUUGAUCGUAUCAUUUUCUAGUUGUGUUCAUUCAGUAGCUGCACCAGCUAUGGAGUCUGUGUAUGAAGAGGAGUCGGGUCAUCCAAACGAGACUGGGAAGUUCUUCAUGCCGUUUGUGAGAAGGGCACUAGCAUUGGUUCUUGUAGGUUUAGUGACCUACUUGGCAGUGGAAGAAUAUCGAGUGUCAACUUCUUCUAUUACUAGCGCAGUCGAUUAUAAGGGCUUAGAAUUGACGGAACGGAUUCAAGCCAGAUUGUGCAAUGCUGAGAGUUGUGAAAACAGAAGAGCUGGUCUCUUGAAACAGUCUGUGGAUCGCAAGGGGCUUAGUCGAAAGCUUACAGGUUUGAGUAAAACACCAAAAAGCGGAUUCAAGGUAAAGAUGUUGCAUCGGAACUCAGCUGAGUCACCAUUUCGGAAAACGUAUGAGACGAAGCUGCAGGCGUUGGCGGAGGACAUGGUUAUAGAUGCAACGCGCCUGGCUGCAUUCAGGAAUCAGAAGAACAGGAACAACUCUUCAGGAUCUGGCGUUGAAAACCAUACUGCGAACCCUCCAGUUAUAACCGCAGUUAUCGCUGGCCCUCCUUCUCACGACUACGGUUUCCAGUCGCCGGUUGUCUCUGGCUCCACUCUUGGCUCCGGCCAAUACUUCGUCGAUUUCUUCCUUGGCACGCCACCACAAAAAUUCUCCCUCAUCGUCGAUUCAGGCUCAGACCUCCUCUGGGUACAAUGCUCUCCCUGCCGGCAAUGCUAUGCGCAAGACAGCCCUCUGUACGUGCCAUCGAACUCUUCCACUUUUAGCCCUGUCCCUUGUCUUUCCUCCGAUUGCCUUCUCAUUCCCGCGACAGAGGGAUUCCCGUGCGAUUUCCGUUAUCCCGGAGCGUGUGCUUACGAGUACCUGUACGCGGACACGUCGAGCUCCAAAGGUGUGUUUGCCUACGAGAGCGCCACAGUCGAUGGAGUGAGAAUAGACAAAGUGGCAUUUGGUUGCGGUAGUGACAACCAAGGGAGUUUUGCAGCAGCUGGGGGUGUUCUCGGGCUAGGACAAGGCCCCCUCUCGUUCGGCUCACAGGUUGGAUACGCAUACGGGAACAAAUUUGCUUAUUGUCUCGUGAACUACCUUGAUCCCACGUCUGUAAGCUCCUCGCUAAUCUUCGGCGACGAGCUUAUCAGCACAAUCCACGACAUGCAGUACACUCCCAUCGUCAGCAACCCGAAAAGUCCCACAUUGUACUACGUGCAGAUAGAGAAGGUCACGGUUGGUGGCAAAUCGUUACCUAUCUCAGAUUCUGCUUGGGAAAUCGACCUUCUCGGAAACGGCGGAUCAAUUUUCGACUCCGGCACCACACUCACUUAUUGGUUCCCGUCAGCUUAUAGUCACAUUCUUGCCGCCUUUGACAGUGGUGUGCACUACCCACGAGCUGAGUCCGUGCAAGGUCUGGACCUUUGCGUUGAGCUCACAGGUGUCGAUCAGCCGAGUUUCCCCUCAUUCACCAUCGAAUUCGACGAUGGAGCAGUUUUCCAGCCUGAGGCGGAGAACUACUUCGUGGACGUCGCUCCAAACGUCCGGUGCUUAGCCAUGGCUGGCCUUGCGUCACCUCUCGGUGGUUUCAACACCAUUGGUAAUCUCUUGCAACAGAAUUUCUUCGUGCAGUACGACCGUGAGGAGAAUCUUAUUGGCUUCGCUCCUGCCAAGUGUUCUUCGCAUUCUUAGGAGGUGCGGUGCCGGUCGUCACAAAGUGGCGGUCGUCAUUCUUGUGAUCUUUUUCUCAUGUUGACGUUGCGAAGGGCUGGAGUUAAAGAUCACGAACUUCAAUGUCUUUGGAUGGGGCUAUACACACGUUGCUCCCUCGAAGGCAGAAUCCUCCAGGCUCUCUGCAAAUUGUGUUCAUGGCGCUACGCCAAAUUAAUUGGGUGAAGGAUGAUAGACUAGUUGGGGUGAGUUGUCAAUGAUCAUGUAUUAUAAGGCUGGAUACGUUGGUACAAAUAUUCUGCUGUCUUUCUGCUUUUAGUGAUGGAGGUUUGUAGCAUACCACUUUCAAGGUCAUGACCUACCUUGAUUACAACUGUAGAGGACAUCUGAGCGGCAAUUUCGGGUUCUGUGCCAUUUACUUCGAAGGUCAAGAAGGGGAAGUCGAAUAUUUAAGGCCUGUAUCGAUCCACUUUUAAUGUCCUCAGUUCACCUAAUAAAUGACCAACUACUAAGGUAGUCUCGAAUUUAUUAA